CCGCGCCGCAUUCUGGGAAAAAACGCUCUACGCCCAAAAUGGCGGCAGGGUUGAAAAGUUGGUGAUGUUUCAUUCCAGUUAUCAAACCUCCUGUUUUUAAAAUACUACAUCCCGUGUGUUUUACUAUUAAGAAAGUCCCUCGUUUUUAGGGUAGAGGGGGAAGCUGCGCUCCGUCGGACGUGCGAGUGGCGGCAUCGGUGAACCGUAAGUUUUGUGUCACCCAGCAAAGUUAGCGAGCCCGGGACCUCGUCGCCCGGUUACUUUUGCAUGGAAAGUGCUUACGGACGCUUUCGCCGCGGCGACCAUGCCGGUCGGACUUUGGGCACCUCACACGCUAAAAUGACGGCGAGGAGAAUCUGCAGAUAGAGAUGGAGGAUGACGGCAAAAAGGCAAAAAAGCCUGGUAUUGCAUCUCCAUUCAAGCGCGUCUUCCUGAAGGGAGAGAAGGGGAGGGACAAGAAGGCCCAGGAGAAGACGACAGAGCGUCGGGCCCUGCAUACAGUCUCCCUGUCCCAGCCCGAUCACCGCGUCGACCCUGAGGUCCUGCUCAAUGAUUACAUUGAGAAGGAAGUCAAGUAUUUAGGGCAGCUAACAUCAGUUCCGGGGUACCUAAAUCCUUCCAGUCGGACUGAAGUUUUGCAUUUGAUUGAUAAUGCCAGGAAGGCCCACCUGCUCCCAGGUCAGCUGACAGCUGAGCAGGAUGCGCUGGUCAGCCUCUCGGCCUACAACGUGAAGCUGGUGUGGCGUGACGGCGAGGAUAUCAUCGUGCGGGUGCCUAUCCACGAUAUCGCCGCCGUGUCCUAUAUCCGUGACGAUUCCCUGCACCUCAUAAUCCUUAAGACAGCCCAGGAACCUGGAGGUUCCCCUUGCCCAAGUACCUGCCCGGAUGCGUCCAAGACCCAGACCCUGAGCUCGCUGCCCGAGAGUGGCCCCAUGUUGGUGGACGUGUGCAGCCUGCUGGUGCUCGCUGUGGAGAACAAAGCUGCCGCUGAGGAGCUGUGUUUGCUUCUCAGCCAGGUCUUCCAGAUAGUUUACACAGAAUCUACCAUCGACUUCUUAGACAGAGCGAUAUUCGAUGGGGCCUCGACGCCCACCAGACACCUGUCAUUGUACAGCGAUGACUCCUCAAGCAAAGUGGAUGUGAAGGAGCCCUACGACACUGAAGAAUUCCCCUUCCAGGGCCCUCUAGACAUGGGGGGAAACUCUUUGGCCUCAUCCCCCUCCACACCGGCGUCGCCGCAGGCCCACCCUACCAGUGACAGUGAGCUGAGCACCACGGCUGCAGAGCUGCUGCAGGACUACAUGACCACGCUUCGGACCAAGUUGUCCUCUCAGGAGAUCCAGCAGUUUGCCACGCUGCUGCACAAGUACAGGAAUGGCUCCUCCAUCCACGAGUUCUGCAUCAACCUGCGGCAGCUCUACGGAGACAGCAGGAAGUUCCUCCUCCUGGGACUCAGGCCCUUCAUCCCCGAGAAGGACAGCCAGCACUUUGAGAACUUCUUGGAGACCAUCGGGGUAAAGGACGGGCGGGGAAUCAUCACCGAUAGCUUUGGGAGGUACCGGCGGACCCUGAGCACCACUUCUAACUCCACCAGCAACGGCAAUGAAGCGGCAGAAGGCGUCGACGAGCAGCCUGUAACCACCGAAGGCGACGAUUGGGACCGCAUGAUCUCGGAUAUCAGCAACGACAUCGAGGCGCUGGGCUGCAGCAUGGACCAGGACUCCUCGUGAGGAGGCCGACCUGGGACGUUCACAACAUGGAUGCUCUGAGGACCGGACGCCAUUUUAGCAGUAUUGUAGCCGAGUUCGAUGUCCUCCGUAUCUUUUGCCUUGUCGUAGCCUGUAGAGUGUGGCAGCUGGUGCCGAAAGCUUUGCGCACACGGGUGACCCUGUAUCGGCAGUAUCUGCUGAACCUUAACGAGGACAUGUCUGAGCCGCCUUACGAGAACCCACGUGGACCUCCAAACUUCAAAGGCUUGAAGAAGUACAGAAGUCUUGCUCUUAUAUAGCUGCGGUUGUGAUAUCGUCAUUUGGUUUGUAUCCUCCAUCCCCAAGGUCACUGUAUUUUGAAAUGUAUGCAGAGUUUGAGAGAUUGUGGCUAAUUCUGAAGCAUGUUUUACUUUUUUUUUCCCCUCCUCUCCACAUUGCAAGAUGUACUCAACGCUUUGACGGUUUCUGCGGCUGCCAGUCCGACCAGAUUAUUGGUAGCCGUACGUUACAUUUACAGUUGAUACUUUGCUUUCGAUUACAUGACGGCACCGUUUAUUUGAUGUUCGGCCGCUUUCAUUGAGUGCUCCUCUUAGACAUUGGGAAGAAGACCUGAAUUUGACAAGGCCAGUCUAUGGUUGAUAAUUCUUAAGAUUCCUAAAUCCCUUUGUGUAUUUUUCUUUAGGCUCUGGUGUCAAAGUUGCAUCGGCAUAAAAUUUAGCGCGAUAAUUCCGUCUGUGUUUAUUUCAGUUGGAAGAAUAACUGCUGAGUGCAUGAACCAGCUGAAAGUAUUGAAAGGGAAAUUAAUCCCGUCACCAGGCAACCGGAUGUCAGUUCAGGAUUGUCAUGUUUCAAUGCGCCACUUAGCUUCACAUCUGCAGCGCAAAAUUUCCAGCAAAUAAAUUUGAAUAAUGUAAUAGGAAUGUCACGUUUCCAUCAAGGACCUACUCACAGCAAAUACAAUGGUAGAAAAUUAUCCUGCUGGCGUAAAAGUUGACUUUAAAAAUUGAUAUAAAACAGAAACAGUGAAAUGGUUCCCUAAAUAUGUGCCGUGUGACAUGAAGCAGUUUCUAGAUUUUUUUUCAGUUAUUUUAUGUUAGAAAUUAACAGAAUUUAUUAGGAAAAAAACAAGUUGCCUUAAUUCCUCAACACAUUUCACACAGAAAGCCUUUUAGAGACUUUGACUAAGUGAAUAUACCAAAACUAGAGAACAAAUUCCUGAAUUGUCUCUCAUAGCUAUUAUUUUUCAUCACCCUGAUGUCAAAUGAACAGUCUGUUCGAUAUAAUGUCUUAAACUCGUUGUCACAUCAUUUCUUUCUGUUCGUUAACUCAGUGCUUAGUGGCAGGUUAAUGCUGCGAGGGGGCUCCCCCUGACUGAUUCCCAAACCUCGGUUUUCCUUGAUUUUGCAUUCAAAUGACACGACCGAUUAUUUAUAUACACAGUCAGGUGGUACUGAAAGCCAAAAAUACAGAAAUAAAAUUCUAAAAGAAUUACCCCUAUCAAUGCCUUCUUACAGAUCUGCUUGUUCUUGACAGAUUAAAGGGGUUUUGUCAACAAGUUUGAAAGCAACUACUUUCCUAAGCGCCAGAUGCCUUUAAAGAACAGAAAACUUACACCCACUAUGGACAAACUCAUGCACUUUUGCAAAAUGGAAAUAAUUUGGAAGGAAACCGGGACCUAAUCCUCAUGUAGAGAGACUUUUUGAAAACAUGCGGUUGUCUCACGGUCCGAGAUAUUUAUGUCGCACUGCAAUAUAAAAUGCAGCAAUUUGCUCUGUAUAAGAGUGUCUGUUAAACGAAUAAAUGUAAACAUAGAUUCAGUAAAAUUAUGGAAGUUGUCUAAUGUGUUUCGUUGAUUUGCCGAGCCAGUAUAAACUGAUGCGAUGGUACAUUUCAUCCCUAAUUACGUUUGCCGUGAUGUUCUGCUCACUUGUCUGAGAGGCUGCAUGUUUGCUUUGCUUUGCUUUGAGUUUGCUGGGCAGUGUCACACCCCAUCUUCCGGGCAGUUAUUGGCUUCCACCACCCCAAAAAUGGGAAAUGGAGUGAAGAUAGGGUAGGUGCUGGGGUAAGCCCGGAUUUGUUUGUGAGGUUGGGUUAGCAAUGUGGGGGGGGGGGGUCUUUAACUUGCCUUCCUCAAUUUUAUUAAAACUUUCCUUUUAUGGUCUAGUCAACACUUUAAAUUACACUAUCCCUCUGCUCUUUUUCUCUAAUCCUAAAAAAUAUUUCACCUUGUUAUUAAUCUAUAUUUGUCCUGGUUCACGGUGGUGAUUACGAGAUGGAUACCACAGUAAGGGUCCUUUGGUGAGUACAUUUUUGUGGCAGUACUGUACUACUCAAAUUUGUACAUCACUCUCUGUCAAUCAGCAACACAAUGAAGAGCCAAGAGGUAGGAAACCACAUCAGUUUUGUGAGAAGUUGUACUGUAAAUCCGUAAGAUACACUUGUAGCGUAACUAAUGCUCUAGUUUAUGCCUUUAUUUCAUUUGCGGUUUUCUAAAGAAUAACCGAGCAUGUGAACUAUGCCUAACAUUGAAGGUUUUGAGCAUUACUGUGGUCGGAGAGCACAGCCUCAUGCCUGCUGACUCGAAGGGGUUGCCUAUAUUGUGUAGCGUUUGUACCACUGGAAGGCAGAGCAUGCUGUAGAAGUGCUGUUCCUCUACCUCGGCUUUCCCGCCAAAAUGGCCGCCCGCCACCUAUCACACAUCACCGGGAAUGUUUUAACUGUCCGCAAUAAGAUUUUGAACCAGACGAGGUUCAAAAAGCUUUUUUUUUUUUCCUCCAGUGUAACUUUUCAUUUUAUUUUGUAUGUGCUGGUUUGUGUACUGCUUUGUGUAUAAAAUUCUGUUCAUUGCUUUUUUUUUUUUUUUGUAGAAUAUUUUCAUUGCGUGAUAAAGAUUGAUUUGCAU